AUGGCUGACCGAGACGACAACAUUAACAAGGCAAAGUUAGCCGAGCAGGCUGAACGCUACGAUGAAAUGGUUGAGGCUAUGAAGAAAGUAGCUACUUUGGACAAUGGAUUAAACACAGAAGAGAGAAAUCUUUUAUCUGUGGCUUAUAAAAAUGUUAUUGGUGCUCGCCGCGCAUCUUGGCGUAUCAUCUCUAGUUUAGAACAAAAGGAGGAAAAUAAAGGCAAAACAGAAAAGUAUUAUUUGAUUGUCGAUUAUCGUAAACAAGUGGAAAAAGAAUUAAAAGAGAUCUGUAAUGAUGUACUCGAUCUGUUGAACGGCCAUUUGGUAUUGUGUGCGUCGGAUGGCGAAUCUAAAGUAUUUUAUUAUAAAAUGAAAGGCGAUUACCAUCGUUAUUUGGCCGAAUUUGCUGCCGGCAACGAUCGUAAAGCAGCAUCAGAGGAUUCAUUAGUUGCUUACAAAGCUGCUACGGACAUUGCUCGUGUUGAAUUGAAGCCAACUAAUCCUAUCCGCUUAGGUCUAGCCUUAAACUUUUCUGUUUUCUACUACGAAAUCCUUUCUUCGCCUGAACGUGCCUGCAACUUGGCUAAGAAAGCUUUUGAUGAAGCUAUUGCCGAAUUGGACUCACUUGCUGAAGAUUCUUACAAAGAUAGUACAUUAAUCAUGCAACUGCUCAGAGAUAAUUUGACAUUAUGGACGUCUGAUCUAAAUAGUGAGGAUGGGAAAGGUGAGUCCCAGUUACAGGAAAUAGAUCCAGAGGAGGAACAGUCGUAGUUCUAUGAAAACAGAAGUUUAAAAAUGCCAACUAAGAAAUACAGUAUAUUAAAUAGAAGCGAUUUUGACAUAUGGUAGAUUUACUGUAUUAGCUGCUACGGUAAUAAUUUUUAAAUUCUACCAACUGUGACCACCUACCUAAUUUAAUUAUGUUAGUUUAUGGAUUUUAAGCAGAAGUUUCAAGGUUAUACUGUUUAGAAGCCUUAAUCACGCUGUUGUGUACUAGGUCUGUAUUUUAUUUGGUAAGUUAGCCAUGGAAGCAGAGUUGUGAUUUUUUAUUGUUGUUAAUAAUAACGCAC